AGCUCAUCAGGGACUGCAGAUUUAACUCCUUUUGAUUGAGAUUCAAGUCACAAAGACAAAACUCCCAGAAUGAACAGAGUUUGCUCGCCUUAUUUUGAUCCUGAUUAUGAUAACCUCCCAGAGAGGAUACAUGGGCCAGCUUUUAGAGUGAACGACAAUGAAAGCUUAGAGGAUUGCACGAUUGUUAAGAUCGACUGCGUGAACAAGCAGAGCCUCCUCUUGGAUGUGGUGCAAGCUCUCACUGAUUUGAACCUCACCAUAUCUAAAGGCUACAUCUCUUCUGAUGCAGGCUGGUUCAUGGAUGUUUUUCAUGUGAAGAAUGAGCUGGGCUUCAAAGUUACUGAUCAAAGAGUGAUCAGCUACAUCCAGCAGGCGAUGAGCUCGGGCAACGCGUCUAGCCCGAAGGCGAAGGCAACGAGUAGUUUGGCGAUAGAGAUGACGGGGAAGGACAGGCCGGGGCUGUUCUCGGAGAUCUCAGCAGCACUGGCUGGCAUGGGGUGCAACAUCAUUGAGGCACACACGUGGAGCCACAACGCGCUCCUCGCCUGCGUUGCUUACAUAUCAGGCCAGUCCGUGGACACCCCAAUCGACGACCGCAGGCUCCAUGCCAUCGAGGACCACCUCACCACGGUCCUCCGCGCCACCACUGCCACGGAGGAGAGUGCAGAGGUGAAGCCCGCAGCAGGGCUGCCCCUGCCCAAGGGGGAGCUCGGCAGCACCACCAGAGUGGAGCGCCGCCCGCACCAGCUCAUGCUCGAGGUGUGUGACUUUGACAGCCCGUCGGCCUCCCUCACAUGUAUUAUGAUCAACAAUAUUUUAUUCGAUUUGAUGUUGGAUGUUUGUAUGAUGGAUACUUUUUCAAUGUAGGAUGAUAAUUAACUUUGAAACUAAUGAAUGACUUUUUUAUUA